AUGAAUAAAAUAAAGAACAGAAUAGAUGGAUAUUCAAUGCUUAUUGUAAUGAAAUACUUAGAAUAUGAAAGUGAUUUUAUAAAUAUUGUUUGUGUUAGUUCCAAGUACAAAAGGAAUUUAGAUAGAUUGAGAUUUAAUCCAAUUAGUAUUCAAUCAUUGACAUUAUUUCCUUUCAUUCAAACACUAUAUCUUUAUUCAUCAUUUGAUCCAUUUAUAAAAGGUAUUGAUCAAGUACAAAUAUGUUAUCCAAUAACAUAUAAAGAACAACAAAUAUUAAUUCGUAAACAUAAAACAAUAAAAUUUAGUUUUAGUCAUAUAGAAUAUAAUGGAAAUGAAAAUACAACAGAACAAUUAUUUUAUUGUAAAGACAUUACUCAUAUUGGGGAUAAUUCUUUUUCACAAAAUUUUACAUUAAAAACAAUAACAUUACCGUCUCACAUUAUUGAUAUUGGAAAUUAUGUUUUUUUUAAUUGUUUUAACUUAACAAGAAUUGAAUUAAGUAAUAGAUUAACAAAUAUUGGGAUUGGUUGUUUUAGUGGAUGUAUUGGAUUAAAACAUUUAGAAAUUCCAACAAAUGUUGUUUGUAUUGGAAGUAAUGCACUUAUUGAUUGUACGUCAUUAGAAAGUAUUUCGUUUCCAUUACAAAUUGCUAAUAGUUUAUGUAAUCAAUUAAAUAUUACAAAAUCAAUAAAAAGUAUUAAAAUUAUAGGAAAAGGAAGAAUUGAUGCAUUUGUAUCACAAUAUAUUAGUCAUUUAAUAGAAGACAAUAACAAUAACAUUAUUUGUAUUAAUAAAAUUUUUACUUUUUAUGAUACUCAACAUUAUGGAAGACAAAUAGAAUAUGGAAUUAAAGAAAUUGAAGAUAAUUGUUUUUUAAAUGAUUCGUCUCUUGACGCUAUUUUUAUUCCUUCUUCUGUAUCAAAAAUUGGUAAUAAUUGUUUUUCUGGUUGUACUUCUUUAACUAGUGUUUCAUUACCUCCUAAUUUAAAAACAAUUGGAAUUAACUCUUUUUAUAAUGUCCCUUGUGUAUUAUAA